CCUGUUCCUGGUCCAUUCAUACCACUUCCGGUCUCGAUAUUAUUUCCAUCUUACUAUUUCGUCAUUCUCUUCUCUUUUUUCUUUUCUCCUUUCUUGCUUUGUUCCCUGUUAUCCGUCGGUGCCUGUUGAUUUAUAUUUGAAUCACCCGAACUUUUGUCUCGCUUCAUGCACCCUCUUCCUUCACCCCUAUCAAUGGCGAAUUUCAGCCCUUUCUCAAGUGCCGCAUCCAAUACCGGAUCGCGCGCACAUUCGAUCAGCAGUGAUCCCGAAUCAUGGUCUCGUCACAGCACCAUGUCUCAACAUACCCAGAACUAUGGUAGCUCACCUGAGAACCAGUGGAUCUUCCAACCAAGCACACGAAGAGCAGCAUUUCCUUCGCCUUUUGACUCUGUUUCCAUUGACCAGAUUGCUGCAUCAAAGCCACACAAGCAAUCCUGGUCAGACUUUGACUACCAUAUUCCCGUGUCGUCAGGCAAAUACGAGCCUUUCCCCCCAAGUCCUGACUUUCCAUUCGAUAACAUCAAGUCAGACCCGCCACCGGCUCCUGUCUAUCGUGAAUUCGACCACCCGGCUCGUCUGCCCCCGACGGCCCUGAGACGGGACUAUGACUUUGGCAAACCGUUCGAUGAUGCGGAAAUUCUGGCCGAAGCCAGCACCCGCAGUGCAAUCGAGAAGUCCAGAAGCUCUACCCGCCAUCGCUCGCAAAGACGACCGUCCAACCGGGAUGAAUUCGAUGGUCCCCAUCAAUUGCUGAAGCCUCCUCCCGGUCAUGUGGUAGCGGCCCAGGCACGGGAGCUGCCACACCUGCCCACUAACCUUGAUGUUUCGGAGCAGGACCGCAUCUUGAAUGCGGUCAAUGACCGACUGUCGGAAUGUGCAUAUGAUUUCAUUGCCAAGUACCAGUUCCCAGUCCCAGUGGAAGCAGACAAGAGAACAGUCAACGGACCUACUGACCGAGAAUGGACCGAAUGGGUGUACCUUCUGAAGAGACUGGCUACCAAGCGCCGGAUUCCAGCCCGGUUAUUGUACAACGGCCAGAUCAAACAAUUAGUUACAGUCCUGGAGAACUCCCUGGAAAUGAGACAUGCUGCCAAGCACCAGUCCCGGCCCAUCAAGGAUGAUCGCAAUGUACUUCAGCUCAUCUCCGCUGGGACCCAGGUCGCAAAGAUCCUCAAGGAUUGCUGUGCCAUGGAGUUCAUGGACCAACUGUAUGUUGACACGGAGAGACUUAUCCAUCAACGAAAGAGUCGCCGUGUGAAGUUUGCGCCUUGAACGAUUUUCUUUUUGUUUUCCAAUUUUUUUGUCUCUUUUUCGUCCUGGAUAUCGCCAUCUACAUAUUUCCGUUUGGCCAUUGUUGGAUUACACCGGACCCAUAGGACAAUUUUGGAUAUCCGCCAUGGCAUAUAUUAUUGAUGACUCCGUCUCCAUGGAAAAAAGGUGCCCCAGCCAGUCUGUCCGUCUUUGGAUUCACCAUGGAUUGCUCUACUUCAACUAUCCAGUUGCCAGGAAGGAAUUGUCCGUCCGACUUUUACAGAAUGCUGAGGCCAAGCAGUUUCCUUCGGUUUUUACAAUGCCCGUUCCAUUUCCAGGUUAUCUAGGACUAUCUACGUACUCGCCUUGCACACGGCUAUAC